UAAUAUAUCUGUAUACAUGAACAUAAAGUAUUUUGAGUUUAUACCAAAGGAUUUGUGUGAACAAUAAUUGAGAUGCAGUAGUUUCUAAUAAUUUACUAUACAGUCUUUUUCAUUUGGGAACUAAUAUUCGACAAAUAUUAUUUCCUGAAACGAUUCGUAUCUGUUCCGGCAUCAUUUUGGAAAGAUUUCUUGACAUUCAUUGAUUUCGUCUGAAAUUUAUUUUCUCUUCAAAAACUACAGAUCAAGAUGUCAGGAAAAGACAGGCUUAACGUUUUCCCCUCAAGAAUGGCCAUGGCCAUGAUGAAAGUUAGACUAAAGGGUGCACAAAAAGGUCAUAGCUUAUUAAAGAAAAAGGCAGAUGCAUUAACACUUAGAUUUAGAAUGAUUUUAAAGAAAAUUAUUGAGACAAAAGUUUUAAUGGGAGAUGUAAUGAAAGAAGCCUCCUUUUCUCUGGCAGAAGCUAAAUUCACUACUGGUGAUUUCAACCAUAAUGUAUUACAGAACGUCAAUAAAGCUCAGAUGAAAGUUAGAACAAAAAAGGAUAAUGUAGCAGGUGUUAUGUUACCAAUAUUUGAAAGCUACCAAGAUGGUUCAGAUAGUUAUGAAUUAACCGGUUUAUCAAGAGGAGGGCAACAAAUAGAUAAAUUAAAAAAGAACUAUGCUAAAGCAAUACAGUUAUUGGUAGAGCUGGCCUCUCUACAGACUUCCUUUGUCACAUUAGAUGAAGUCAUUAAAAUAACAAAUAGAAGAGUUAAUGCUAUUGAACAUGUUAUUAUACCAAGAAUAGAAAAUACCUUAUCGUAUAUAAUUAGUGAAUUAGAUGAAAGAGAAAGAGAAGAGUUCUUUAGAUUAAAGAAAAUUCAAGAGAAGAAAAAGAAAAAUAAGAAGGCUGCUGAAGAUCUAAAGGCAAAAAGGAAAGCUGCUGGAGAAUUGAAAGAGGCUGAUGAAGCACCAAAUAUCUUAAAUGAAGGGAUGGAUCAAGACUUGUUGUUUACAGAUUGAUGAUAGCUUUUUGUUAAAUAGAUUUGUAAAUGUUAGGAAUCAGAUGGAAGCAGGGAAAAUCAGUUUAAUUUUUAGUUCUAUGGAUUUUCCCUCAUUCUCUAGUUAGAGUUUGAUAUUACUGCAAAAUAAAAAAAAAAGCUGCACACACAUAUUCAAACGUUUCUGAAUCCCUCUAAAUAGGUUUUUUCAAAGUUGGAAUAAAUGGUUUCUUCUAUUUAGUAAUUCUUAAAUUUUUUAUAUCAUACUUUAGAACUGUAGUUUUUAGAAGACUCUGAAUUCCAAACUGAUCUAUAUUUUAAAAAUCCAUAGAACUUCAAAUUAAAAAACUGUUGCCUUUCUAUAAACUGACAAUGAAAUAAAGUUAUGAAACAAAAUUUUCAGUUUGUAACCAUACACAAGUUUAAAUUUAUAUUUUGUGUCAUCUUACUGUAAUGGCAUCACUCAUAGCAAAUUUUGUUGUGAAAUAUUUAGUUUUUCAUUUCCAUUCUGCAGUGUUUUCAGAUUUUUUAGUUUGAAAAAUACAACAGCAAAAUGAAGAAAUUUGCUGCAGUAUUAAUCAGAACAUUCCAAAAUAUUAAAAAUAACUGUUUUAUUUGUGUAGAAAAUUUAUUUAAAACAUUUAUGUUUGCAAACCUUAUCAUAAGGAUUUGUUAUAGGCUAGUCGACAGUAUUAUUAAACAAGAAUUAUUACCGGUAGGUUUUAUUUGUAUGUUAUAAUUGAGAAAAGUACUCAACAGAAAUUUCAGCAUUUAACUAUUGAACUUAUAGAAAAAUACUUAUAUUUAUAAAUUUGUGUUGUUUUUGUACUUAUCUGAAAUACAGAACAGCAAAACAACUGCAAUAAUAGGAUACCAGUAAUUGUUGUUUCAAUUUAGAGGUUGAAAAGACAUAACAUGUGAUAUUUUCUAUGCAGUUGAAAUAUCCUGUCACAUGUUUUUCUUUUACCCCACACCCUUUAUUAUAUGUACAUCAACUUUUCAAUGUACAUUUGUAAUUAAUUUCAUUACAAUAGGAUAUUUACUUUCUUCAAUAUUUAUAGUCUAAAAAGUAUUUUCAUGUUGUGAAAAGGACUGAAAAAAAAUCUCACAAGAAAAAAAUGUGUCCGUGGACUAUUAUUUUACCUCACACAUUCUAUUAAAAUCACAUCUACAUAUUCAAGAUUCAAGAUUGUAAAGUAGUUGUUACUGAAUAAAUAUGUUGUAUAUAUAAUAUAUAAAUAUA